AUGAAGUUUCUUCUCGUGGUUCUGCUGAUUGUUGUGAGUUUCUGUAACCGUCAAAAUCUUGGAAUUUUUAGGCUUAAUUAUUCAGUCAAAAAAUGAAAUUACAUAAUUUUAGAGCUGUGCGGAGGCUAUCGAAAUUCAAGCUAUUCUUGGGCAGGUUGAUGCUCUUGUGCGCGGACCAAUCAAGGGUUACGGUGGACUGAUGCCUCUACUGCCAGAGGCUGUUGAAGUUGUAAGUGUUUGAAAAAACGAUUUUCUUUAAAUUUCGCAUACAAGCUGUGUAUAGGGGUCAGAUCAAUUCCUGAAAAUUUUAGCUCGCACUUUGCAUGGACAGCCAAGAUAUAAGACAAUAAUUGUAAGCGAGAGAAUAUGUAAAAUAAGGAGAUCAGCCAGGCGAAUACACCGUAUAUCGAUUACUUCUGCAAGGCAGUAGUAAAAGAUUUUUCUCCUUAUUUUACGUAUUCUCUCGAUUGCAAAAAUUGUUGAAUAUCUUGGCUGUCCCUGCAAAGCAUGGGCUAAAACUUUCAAGAGUUGAUAUGAAACCUUUGCACAGCAAGUAUGCAAAAUUUAAAUAAAACAUCAACGCCGCACUUGGAAAUCUUCCCUGAUAAAAAAAAAUACACCCAACACAUGCUACGAAGCUAUUCCGUUUUCAGGUCAGCAAUGCAGCGAUGUUGAAGUACGCCCGCGCCAACAACUACACCCACCAGCCCCUGUUUAUCCGUUCUCUGGACACCGUUCAACGCCUCAGCCCUUCCUAUGGCGCCGGGCGUUACAUCAAGUCUCGGAUGGUGAUUGGAAUCACUUCCUGCCCAAUAAAUGCCGACCCCAAAGUCUGUGUUCCAAGUCCAAGGAAUGUGCAAAAAGUGCAAAUCUUGAAGUUCGUUUACUUGCGCAAGUACGGCCCUCAUCUGUACGCUCAGUCCGUGGAGCAUGCCAUUGUUCCGCCGCCGAAAAAAAACCAGAGAGUGCUGAUCUAA